AUGAAGUGGUCGGUAGAACUUGGAGAGUUCGAUAUCCAAUACAAACCCCGAACGGCCUUAAAAGCCCAGGUACUGGCAGAUGUUAUAGCGGAAUUCACACCAGAAGAUGGGCCCGAGCAUGCUGCAAAUAAGCAGGAAGAAGCCGAAUCUACUUGGACGUUAUAUAUGGAUGGGUCUGUCAACGCCCGUGCAAGUGGGGUAGGGCUAGUAAUUAUCUCCCCAAAUAGGGAAUGCAUCAAAUAUGCACUUAGGUUUGGUUUUAAAGCAACCAACAAUGAGGCAGAGUAUGAAGCCCUCCUAGCAGGCCUCAGGAUGGCGAAAGCUUUGGAAGUUGAACGACUAGUAGCAUAUACAGACUCUCAACUAAUAACUGGACAAGUCCAGGGGGAAUAUGAAGCCAAGGAUGAGAAGAUGAAGACCUAUUUACAUAAGAUAGAGGAUAUCAAGGGUUUUUUUAAGAAGUUUUCUAUUCACCGGAUUCCCCGAGAAGAAAAUGCGCAGGCAGACGCCCUGGCUCGACUGGCAACCACAGAGGAAGAUAAAGCCAUACCCAUGGGAUAUUUGGAUGAGCCUAGCACGGUCUGGGAUUGGCCACAGAAAAUACACCAGGUGGCCCACGGCAUGGAGUGGGCAGAACCCAUUAUCAGGUACAUUGAGAACGAAAAGCUACCCCAGGACCGCAUGGAAGAACGAAAGAUUAGGAUGCAUGCGGCAAAAUAUUCCCUCAUUGAUGGGGUUCUCUAUAAGAAGGGAUUUUCUCUACCCUACUUGCGUUGUGUCUCCAUUGAUAAGGCAAAUUACAUUCUAAAAGACAUACAUGAAGGCCUUUGUGGAAAUCAUGCUAGGGGCAGAUCACUAGCGCAUAAAACUAUCCGACAAGGAUACUUUUGGCCUACUAUAAGGACAGAUGCACUUGAGUUUGUGAAGAAAUGUGACAAGUGUCAGAGAUUCGCCAAUGUCCCAAAACAACCAGCAGAAAAGUUAACCCCUCUUACAGGGCCGUGGCCUUUUGCCCAAUGGGGGACGGACCUCAUUAGCCCCUUACCCCAAGGGAAGGGACAAACUAAAUACGCAAUUAUGGCUAUCGAUUAUUUCACCAAAUGA